AUCUGAAUUGCCCCUGAACAUACUGUCAACACAAUUAUAUCCCGUGAAGCAUCCAGUCCGAUCACCCGCGCCCACCUAUACCCAAAUCACACAUACACGCAACAUGGAUUCAUCCGCAGCAAACGCAACGCGGGAGCGCAGCAACUCGACCUCUUCCUCUUCUUCGGCAGGAAACUCGCCCAUCUCGCCCAAGCCUCGCCGUAACUCGGCUGGACUCUUCGCAUCACUCGAACAGACCAAACGUCCCACCGAUCCCGCCUCCAUCGCCAGACGCCAGAGCCUCCACGAGCAACGUCCGACGCCAGGCCUGUUUGGCAAGAUGUGGAAUACCUGGGUACGCGGCGUUCCACCAUCAUAG